GGUCUUGUGGCUGUGGCAAGCACUCCCAGUGGACUAAACACAGAACGCAAUAAUUCCAUUUUAGUCCCCUCUCGCUCCCACCAUUAAUUAUCAAUCUUCAUUCUUGAUUGGUUCCUCCUACAUUUCCCAGUAAAAAUAAAACAGAUCCCAAUAAACUUUUUUGGUUUCUGCAGAUUUUCUACCAUUCUUUUCCAUGGAAACAAACACCACCCUUCAUAGUAAACUACAAAAGAAGCAAAAAACAUGGUUUCUCUUACUAACAUCAACACUUUUACUAUCUACCCUUUUAAUCCUUUUCACUAUAAUUACAUCCUCUUUUACAACUACCCAGUUUCUUUUUCUUUACACCCAUACCAAAAAGACUCAUCAUUUACAUUUCGAUGUUCCACAUUUUGUGGAGUCCAAAUUACCAAAAAACCCAGUUUUAUCUUCAUCACUUACAAUACCGCGUCUCGCGUAUUUAAUAUCGGGGUCAGCGGGAGAUGUAGUUAGUGUAAAAAGAACAUUGAAAGCUUUGUAUCAUCCUAGGAAUCAGUAUGCUGUGCAUUUGGAUUUGGAGGCGUCUGCGGAGGAGAGAUUGGAGUUGGCUAAGUGGGUAAGAGAAGAUGAGGUUUUUAAUAAAGUUGGGAAUGUGAGAGUUAUUGUUAGGUCUAAUUUGGUUACUUAUAGAGGUCCUACUAUGGUCACUAAUACUCUUCAUGCUGCUGCUAUUUUGUUGAGAGAUGGUGGUCACUGGGAUUGGUUUAUCAAUCUAAGUGCUUCUGAUUAUCCUUUGGUAACUCAAGAUGAUCUGCUUCACACUUUGUCUGAAAUUCCAAGAAACCUUAAUUUUAUUGAGCACACAAGUGACAUCGGCUGGAAGGAAUAUCAUAGAGCUAGGCCUGUAAUUAUUGAUCCUGGGCUCUAUAGCUUACAAAAGUCAGAUGUUUAUUGGACAUCAGAGGAAAGACGCUUGCCAACAGCCUAUAAAUUGUUCACUGGUUCUGCUUGGAUGAUGCUCUCUCGUCCUUUUAUCGAGUACUGCAUAUGGGGAUGGGACAAUCUGCCGAGGAUAGUCCUAAUGUACUAUGCAAAUUUCCUCUCUUCGCCGGAGGGUUAUUUUCACACAGUAAUCUGCAACGCCGAGGAGUUCAAGAACACAACAGUAAACCAUGACCUUCACUUCAUAUCUUGGGAUAAUCCUCCAAAGCAGCACCCUCAUUUUCUCACUCUUGAUGAUUUCCAAGCUAUGGUGGAUAGCAAUGCACCAUUUGCAAGAAAAUUCGACAGCGACGAUUCGGUGCUUGAUAAGAUCGACUCCGACAUUUUAGGUCGAAAUGCUGACGGGUUUUCGCCAAGUGGGUGGUGGUUCAGUAAUGAAGGAGAUUCAAAUAUGAGUGUCCUUAAUAAUAUCAGACCAAACAGCACUGACCUUAAGCCUGGUCCAGGUGCUGAAAGGCUCAAGAAUUUCAUCACUGGUCUUUUGUCAGCAGAAGAUUUUGAUUCAAGUCACUGCAUUUGACACAGUAAAAAUCUAUUUGAUAUAGAAAUAAUGAUGCAGAAAGGUUGCAUUAUCAUCUGUAUACUUAGCUGAGUAGAAAUGUUACAAUAUGAAAUUGAAGAAAAAUAAAGUUAAAGUAAUUUGUUUAA